AUGUCCAGUUUAGUGGAGAAGGACAGAGGAGAACUGAACCAGCACACAAAGAACAGACCAGCUAAACGCCUAAGUGAGUGUAAUCUCACAGAGGACAUCUGUGCAGUUGUGGCCUCAGCACUCAGCUCAAACUUAACAAGCGUGAGAGAACUGGACCUGACAUACACUAUACUGCAGGAUUCAGGAGCGAUGCUGCUCUUUGCUGGACUGGAGAAUCCACACUGUAAACUGAAGAUACUUCGACUGUGUGAUUGGAAUCUCUCGGAAGAAAGCUGGGCAGCUCUUUCCUUAGCUCUCAGAAACUCCUCAAGUCUGAGAGAGCUGGACCUGUGUAAGACUGAACAGCAGGAUGUAUAUGUUAAGUUGCUCUCUGGUGCAUUGGAAAAUCCACACUGCAAACUGGAGAAACUGAGGCUAGAUCGAUGUAAUCUCACAGAGGACAGCUGUGCAGCUCUGGCCUCAGCUCUCAGCUCUAGCUCCUCAGCUGACCUUGCUCCUGUGCUUAAAGCUCUGAAAUCAAACCCAUCGCACCUGAGAGAGCUGAAUGUGAAAUGGAGUAAUCUACGUGAUUCAGGAGUGAAGGAGCUCUCUAAUCUACUGAAGGAUCCACACUGUAAACUGGAGAAACUACAGCUGGAACAGUGCAGCAUUACCAAUGAAAGCUGUGCUGAUCUGUUUAAAGCUCUGGAAUCAAACCCUUCACACCUGAGAGAACUGAGUCUGAAUAACAAUAAACUAGGAGAUUCAGGAGUGAAGGAGCUCUGUGAUCUACUGAAGGAUCCACACUGUCUGAUUAUCAAGACUCUUGAAGCUUGCAAGGCUAAUGCCACCCUAGACUGUACAAACAACCUCUUGAGUCAGAUUGACAACAUCACAGAUCAAGUGUUACCAAAGAAAGAUGUGGAGGACACACUGAAUUACCUUAUCACUCAACAAAACAGUCUCAUUACUGGAAAAACUAACCAAGAUGGACUAGUUUCCUCUUUCAAUAGAAUGCUGAAUGCCACUGAGAAACUGGUGUCUACUUUGGUGAAGACAGUAGAGACCAACUCUUCUGUUAGCAUCUCCCUUAAAAAUAUAGAGGUUUGUGUUUUUGUAGUUGGACAAAAUUCUUCCUUAAAGGAAAUGCUUCAGCUUCACACACCACAUGCUAAAAUGGACAUGGAUCUGAAUGGGAUUUCGAGAAAUAAAAUUAAUCAAGGGCACGCUGCUGUAGCCUUCAUGAGCUACACCAACAUGUCGAAUUUGAGCCUGUUCAAUGCCAAUACAUUCAACACAACAAAAUGCAUCACAUCCGCUGUGGUUUCAGCCACGCUCCCAAAAACCAAAAACAGAAGCCUCGACACACCAGUCAAUUUCACCCUGAAGCAUCUUAAAGCGUUGAAUCCCAAUUAUGUACAUUCCUGUGUGUACUGGAAUGAAACUGAUUGGGUCACAGAUGGCUGUACACUUACAACGACCAACAGCAGCCAUACUGUGUGCUCCAGUACUCACCUAUCAACCUUCGCUCUUAUCAUGCAGAUCAACCCAUGUCAGAGUGAACAUCGCUUUGAAGUGAUCAACAUGGUGGUCGUGUCAUUUGGGCUGGUGUUCCUGGGAUUGGCUCUGUUGACUUUUGCCCUCUGUCGGAAGAACCCGAGAGUGAUCAACACGGCUCGGAUCAACCUGUAUAUAAGCCUGUUAUUGGGCCACCUCCUCUUCCUGCUCACACAAACAUUAGUGAAGAAAAAAUACCAGUUGGCGUGUGCAGUGUUGGCAGGCAUUGUGCACUUCCUCUUCCUCUCUGCUUUUGUGUGGAUGUUCAUUGAGGCACUGAUGCUCUUCCUCGCUAUAAAGAACCUAUCACGUCCUAAAUCAAAGCAUAAGGAGGUGCUUAACUGGAAGCUUUUAACUUCGGUUGGAUAUAUGGUAGCUUUGGUUGUGGUGGGCAUGUCUGCUGGAGUGGUACCUGACGGAUACAGCAGUGAAGAAUGCUGGCUUACGACAAGCAAAGGUUUCAACUGGAGUUUUCUGGGCCCUGUUUUUUUCAUCCUUGCAUCCAACAUGAUCCUUUUCAGUUUGAUUGCUAUCAGUCUGCGAUCUUCUCUGGCUCGCCUGAACAGUCAAGUUUCACAGAUAAAACAAACCAGGACUAUUUUCUUUAAAACCAUGGCCCAGUUUGUCAUCUUUGGUUGCCCCUGGAUCCUGGGUGUCUUCACGGCCAACAGUGAGGCGCUAGAGAUUAUCUUCUUGAUCCUCAACUCUCAGCAGGGCACUUUCAUCUUUAUCGUCCACUGUGUCCUCAGUAAAGAGGUAAGGCAAAAAUACAGGAAGUUGCUGUGUGGUAGCUGUGUGACUACUUACUACGAAUCUUCAGGUGAGUCUACACGACUGCAGUCUGUCUUCAUCACUGCUGGACCAAAGAGCCGUUAG